ACCUUCCAUCCACAAUUCCAUUCCAUCAAUGGAUUCAUCUCAAAUCCAACCUCCCUCCACUUCAAUUAUAUCCAUCCAAAUAUCCAUCCAAAAUCUCAUCAAAUGCUGCAAAAGAAGACAAAAUUGGGAGUUUUUCUCAGGAUCAACCAAACAAACUUCCAACUCGAAACCUCCAUGGAGAACCCACUUGACCGCUUUCCUAGAAUCGACCCCGGUUCACGUCAUCGCCAUCGUAUUGCUCCUCGUUGAUCUCGCCAUGGUGGUUCUUGAACUCUCGAAAACUCUAGUUUCUUGUCCCAAAAGCACGAGAAUCAACAAGAACGUAGAUGUUUGGUACCACUGGGUCGGAAUUGGGAUAUUGGCGAUUCUUGCUACCAAGAGCGUGGCACUAGUCGUGGGGUGCGGAAGUUCAUUUUUUAGACGACCCGGUUUGGUAGCCGAUGGUGUGGUUUUGAUCGGAGCGUUGUUAUCUGAGGUUUUGAUGGAAAGGAUUGGGGUCGGGUUGAUUGUUGUGGUGAGCUUGUGGCGGGUUUUGAGGGUCGUUGAGAGCGCGUUCGAGCUCAGCGAUGAGGCCAUUCAAGUGCAGAUAACGACUAUAUUUUGUCAGUUGGAGUUGAUUCGGGAAGAAAAUGAAAAACUCAACAGGAUUAUAGCCGAGAAGAACACGAUCAUCGAAGAACUGCAAGAACAACUAAAUCAACGACUUUAG